AUGAAAACGACGUUGGCUGCCAACGAAACGGAUCUCCAGGCCUUCUUCCGGCCUUUCGGCGUGAUCCGACACAUUUGGAUCGCUCGCAAGCCACCAGGGUUUGCCUUUGUCACAUACUCCAAGGCCGACGCCGCCCAACGAGCCAUCAAUGCGGUCACGGGCAUGGAGAAUCCGUGUAUAUUGGGCCAAAGCAUCACGUGCCAGCUGUCCAGGGACGGUGCAGGAGCAACUACCGAGCGUCCAUCGGCUUCAUUGGCACCGCGGACGCGCGUGCGCAAGCGAAAGGGCGAAACGUUUCGACAAAAGAAAGAACGCAAGCUCAAGGCCAUCGAAGCUAGUAGUAGCUCUGGUCACUCGAGCCAUUAUCAUUAA